AUGUAUCAACGACAAAAGCUACAAAAGCAACAACGAUUACGACCACGAGGCCCUUACACAAAAAAGGCAUGCACAAAUUGUCAACAAAGACAUGUAAAAUGUUCAGGAAAAGCUACUUGCGAACGUUGUACAUUAUAUAAAAUUGAGUGUACAUUUAUUGAAUCGAAAAAACGUGGGCCAAAGACGGACAGUAGACUUUUAGAACAGGUCAUUUUUAACGAUUCUGAAAUUGGCUUUAAUGAAACAACUAUACCAUCUUCCGUAAACUUUAAUGCCAUACAGAGUUACGCAUUACCUCUACCAUUUCUACCUGGACAUCAAUUUAGUGCUCAGCGACUAGAAAAUAAUAACAAUUUUAUUCUUGAUCCUAACUUAUAUCAAAACAACCACGCCUCUCAAGAAAUCAAUCAUCAAGAAUAUGACACGGACAGUCGGGAAGAAUGGCUAAGAGUUUUAAACGCGGAUGAUUAUAUAAAACGAGUUUUCAAUUCAUAUCAAAGAUAA